CCAUUGCAAACUCCAGUGUUUCUGUGUAAUUAUUGAUGAAUUUGUACAUACAAUCAUGUGAAAGCGUGCUGCAUGGUGCAUUAAACACCCCAAAACCUAAGUUCGAGUUACAAAAUCUAGAAGUGAUGUGUCUUAUCCGCUAAGAAUAGGCCGUAUUUUGGUGCUGCUCUCACGUGUGGUAAUGGGCACGUAGGUGUUUUUAUUACGCUGGUCCAUACAUAUUGCCUCCUGCAGGGGAGGUGUGUGUUGGAUUGCGUCCGGCGGACGGCGCCGAAUGGCCAGCACUUGUAGGGUUGAAAGUCAAAUGGGAAAUCAGCAGUAAAUCAGGAUACUUACGACUUAGUAAUUAAUGCUUCGGCGAGCAGACGGAAUCGGUUUUGGGGUGUGCUGUCAUUGCGUUGUCAACUCCGGCUCCACUCCGGGGGAGUUAAAACACGCACCCGAGGAAGAAGCAGAGGAAUUGAUUGCAAGAUUCUAUUCCCACUUAUCACCGUUCCUGUGAACAUCACCGAAGGUACACGGGAGGUGCGGUGGGCGUUGGACCUGUUCUUCAUCAGUAUUUGUUUAGUUAUUUUACUGCACCCCUGCGGUGGGCAGCGUGUCCCGGGGAACCCACAUCCGCCUGAAGAUGUUAACACACAAAAAUAAUCAGGGUGGCCGGAAGAAAAUGCAGGUUUCGUUCGUUAUAAGAGAUGCGGAGGAGAAAAGGCAUAGAAAUGGGGUGAACGCGCUCCAGCUAGACAGUGUAACCGGGCGGCUUUAUUCGGCUGGCCGGGAUGCCAUCAUUCGGUUGUGGAACUCGACCCAAACCAACUCCCACGAACCUUACAUUCAGAGCAUGGAACAUCACAACGACUGGGUGAACGACAUCGUGCUUUGUUGCGGUGGAAGAAACUUGAUAAGUGCGAGUUGUGAUACGACGGUAAAGGUAUGGAAUGCCCAUAAAGGCUUCUGCAUGUCGACGCUUCGAACGCAUCGCGACUACGUGCAGGCGCUGGCAUACGCCAAAGACCGGGAGCAGGUCGCUAGUGCCGGACUGGACAAGGCAAUAUUCCUUUGGGACGUGAACACUUUGACGGCGUUAACGGCUUCGAACAACACAGUGACAACAUCCAGCAUAUCGGGAUCUAAGGACUCUAUCUAUAGUCUGGCGAUGAAUCCCUCCGGGACGAUCAUCGUAAGCGGUUCGACGGAAAACACUCUGCGCAUCUGGGACCCGCGGACGUGCAAUAAGAUUGCAAAGCUGAAGGGACACACGGAAAAUGUGAAGGCUUUGGUGGUGUCGGAAGAUGGCACGCAGGUCGUGUCGGGAAGCUCGGAUGGAAAGAUUAAGCUGUGGAGCAUCGGACAGCAGCGCUGCAUACAGACGAUCAGCGUGCACUCGGAGGGCGUGUGGUGUUUAUUGAUGACGGACGGCUUCUCGCACGUAAUCUCGGGCAGCCGGGAUCGAAAGAUCGUCAUGACGGAGCUGCGCAAUCCGUCCAACAGUGUGCUGAUCUGCGAGGAGCGGGCGCCUGUUCUCAGCAUGUGCUACAACAUCGAUCAAACGGGCGUAUGGGCGACGACGUGGAACUCGGACAUUCGCUGCUGGAAGCUACACAAAACGGACAAGCUGUGCAACUACAGCUAUUCCAACAGCUGCAGCAGCAUAAACAAUGGAAGCGGCGAAACACCAUCGAUGGUGAACUCAACGAUAUCAUCGACCGGUCCGGGGUCGGACGGGAAUGCAUCUACCUCUGCUAGCGCCGCCGGCAAGGGCUACGAGGUGGCAUGCAUCAAGGGUGGCGCUGCAAUCAAAAAGUAUCACGUGCUGAACGACAAACGGUUCAUGCUGACACGCGACACGGAGGAGAAUGUGGCCAUCUACGACGUGUUGAAGGUGAAGAAAGUGGAAGACCUGGGAAAGGUGGACUUUGACGAGGAGGUUAAAAAGCGUAGUCAACGAAUCUAUGUGCCGAACUGGUUCACGGUGGAUUUGAAAACAGGGAUGCCAAUGAUAGUGUUAGGGCAGGACGAGGUGGAUUGUUUUGCGGCGUGGGUGUCGGCCGAAGCUGGUUUACCGGAGCACGCGGAACCUGGCUCGGAUCCGAAGGUGAACUAUGGCAGCUUGUUACUGCAGGCGUUGCUGGAACACUGGAAACCACCGCCACCGCACCAUCACAUGCCGGGCGGCCCGGUGGACAUGGAGAACGGUUGUGACGGUGACAUUAGGGGAAACGAAUACUUCAGCGUGCCGAAGCACACGCCGAUCAUAUUCAGCGAGGUGGGUGGCCGGAACGUGUGCCGGUUGCUGGUGAAGGAUGCGGCGGGUGAGACGGAAAGUGCGCUGCUCAGCGAUACCGUGCCGUCGUGGGUUACCAACGUGGUGAUCGAUCGGACACUGCCCAAGUUCAUUAAGCUUCCUUUCUAUCUGCUGGCGCAUCCGUCGAUGUUUAAGCAAGAUCGCAGCAAAAAAGAACGUCUGAUUGCGAACGAGUUCAUCCAGUGUCGGAAGGUGUGCGAGCAUGUGCUGGAGAAGGUGCUCGGCACGGAGCUACCGGCGGCCGCCAUCGGCAACAGCACCGGCAAUUCCAACUCCUCCCAGAACAACAGCCAAAGUGAUGCCAACUCCGAGGGCAGCCAAGUGCCGGCGGAGGAACGAAUCGAGCUACUUUGCAACGAUGUGCCGUGUGACCCGAACAUAGAUCUCCGAACUGUGCGGCAUUUUAUCUGGAAGCAAUCGUCCGAUUUGACCUUUCACUACCGAACGAAACCAAACUACAGCAGCUAAAAUAAUCCGUCUAACCACAACAUUGUCUAACCAAGGCCCGUGCAGAAUUUGGUAGUAACCUCAACUCUAACCUUAAACUGAUUGUAUAAAUCAUCGGCCAGCACAAGAUCUCAGAAGCUGGCGGGAUCACACAAUAGCAAAAACGAAGGACGGUACACUUUCCAUUUUUUUUAGUUAGUUUAGUGCAGUUCCGCGUUUUCCCUGACCUCGCCUCUGACGCUCGUUUUUUUUUCCCAAAAACCGAAAGGGUUUGCAAGCUGAGAGUAUUGUUGAGAACCUGCUCCUCUACCGUACGUGGGCCGUGGCGUACUGGGAAAUUUAAAUGCCACCCAUCCUUAAGUAAUGCUAUUUACUAUUCAAAUAGGCAUAGAUAGGUUUUAGUAAAGAAAGCAGAACAGAAAAUCAGUCCCUCGACAUAAGGUAGCGUGGUAUGCAGUGUGACACUUCCCUUCUCGUUCUCUCGUUUGUUAGAGUUUUAGUUUGCUCCAUUUUCUUGGCGUUCUCGAUUCCGACAAAGGACGCGCCGGGAACGGCGGUGGGGGGCUGGGCUGUAUAUGCUCGUACCGUUUACGUUUAUCGCGCGCGCUCAACUACGAACGGGCGAAACUGGGCCGUAAGGGGAUGCUGUGAUUUCUAUGUUUAAAGUGUUGUUAUUACGUGUACGUGCUUCUACAGACAAGCAUCCAAAACCCCUUUUACUACACCCAGAGAAAGAGAAUGAAAAAAGAAAAAAAAAUCACAGUCAAGUGUAAUGUAGUAA